CUGCGCCAGUCGCACUCAUGUGGUCACGGUGACGCGCGUGGGACAGCACUGCGCGCUCACGCUUUUGAACGUUGAAUCUAAAGUGUCCGUGGCAAGUGGCGACGGGACGCGUGGACAGCACGCCUCUCUUCAUAUAUUCGCCAACAUUAAAAUGGAAGGCAGAUACGUGACAGAUCUAGUUAAGUAUUCAGUCAUAUUUUUGUAAAGUUCAGUCAGGAACGCCGCGCUAACAGCUGGUUUGGUUGUAGCUAGCAGCAAAGCUAGCUCGAAAAACCCCUUCCCCACUAGAAGAUUUUUAAUGAACCUUCAUAAUUUCAUCUCUCUGAAGUGCAGUUCUCUGCAGCACAAUCCUGUUUCGUAUGGACUUUUUGCUCGUUUUCGUUUAAAUCUCUUAAUUUCACGAUGCGACUCUCUGGCGCCGGGUUUCUCAGCUGGCUCGCUGCGGUCUUCGUGGAGGAUCACUUCAGAGAGCGGUGCUGAGCCACACUGACACCCCAAUAUUCAUUUCCUCGAUUAUUUACAGUAUUCUACAACCGGCUGCUCCUGCAGUGAUUCAGUAUCAUGGAGGCUGGCAGUGGGGCUGCUGCAGUGGUGGGAAGUGCAGCUCUCGGACUGCUUGGAGCCACAGGAAGUCAUGACAUCUCUGACAGGGGCCUGAGGCCUGGACGGCACCCGGAAGAAGACGAUAUCGUGCCAGAGCUUGCCAGGAGCAUCCACCCCCGAGAGCGACCUGACUGGGAGGAAACCAUCAGUGCAAUGGCACGGAGUGCAGAAAUUCCAGAGCUGAGCUCUGAGCCUCUCAUGCGCUCUUGCAGCAGCACCGCCAGCAUGAAGGUGAAGAACGUCAAAAAACUCUCAUUCACCAAGGGCCAUUUUCCAAAGUUAGCUGAAUGUGCCCACUUCCACUAUGAAAACGUUGACUUUGGGACAAUGCAGUUAACCCUCGCAGAUGAACAGACUGAAGUGACACGGAAUGGCCUGGAGUCAAAAGAGCCUGUGUAUUUGGUUCAGAUCUACUGUCAGGGAAGAAGCUGGAUCGUGAGGCGGAGCUAUGAAGAUUUCAGAGUGCUGGACAAGCAUCUCCAUCUCUGCAUCUAUGACCGCCGCUUUUCCCAGCUCCCCGAGCUGCCCCGUUUCGACAGCCUGAGGGAGAGAGCAGAGGCAGUUUCCCAGAUGCUGAUGGCUUACCUCUCCCGUCUCUCAGCAAUUGCUGAUAAUAAGAUCAACUGUGGGCCAGCCCUCACAUGGAUGGAGGUUGACAACAAAGGGAAUCACUUGCUGGUGCAUGAGGAGUCAUCCAUAAAUGUUCCAGCUAUCGCAGCGGCCCAUGUGAUCAAGCGCUACAUUGCCCAGGCAGCUGAUGAGCUGUCAUUUGAGGUGGGGGAUAUUGUUUCUGUAAUAGACAUGCCACCCAAAGAGGACACCACCUGGUGGAGAGGAAAACAUGGUUUCCAGGUUGGCUUCUUUCCCAGCGAGUGUGUGGAGCUGAUAAACGACAAGGUCCCACAGUCUGUUACCAACUCGAUGCCAAAACCAGCGUCCCCCUGCUCUGGUCUGCGGCCGGCCUCCUGGAGUCUGUUCCCACCCUAUUUGGAGAUGGAGAGUGUAAAGCAGGACAGUGCAUGGGCACCCGACCCAUUAAACCCCUACAGGCUGAGCUCAGUGUCCAAGAAACACGGGAAACUGAUCACUUUUCUGCGCACAUUCAUGAAGUCCAGGCCGACCAAGCAGAAGCUGAAGCAAAGAGGUAUCCUCAGGGAGAGGGUGUUUGGCUGUGACCUAGGAGAACAUCUCCUCAACUCCGGCCAUGACGUCCCCCAGGUACUCAAGAGCUGCACUGAGUUCAUUGAGAAGCAUGGAGUGGUUGAUGGAAUGUACCGUCUCUCUGGGAUUGCCUCCAACAUUCAGAAGCUGCGGCAUGAAUUUGACUCUGAACAGAUCCCAGAUCUGACAAAAGAUGUUUACAUUCAAGACAUACACUGCGUGGGCUCCCUGUGCAAGCUUUACUUUCGAGAGCUUCCCAACCCACUUCUCACCUACCAGCUGUAUGAAAAAUUCUCGGAGGCUGUGUCAGCAGCCACUGACGAGGAGAGGCUGGUCAAAAUACAUGAUGUCAUUCAGCAGCUGCCGCCUCCGCAUUAUAGGACUCUUGAAUUUCUUAUGAGGCAUCUUUCACACUUAGCAACCUUCAGCUAUGUAACAAACAUGCAUACGAAGAAUUUGGCCAUCGUUUGGGCCCCCAACUUAUUGAGGUCAAAGCAAAUAGAAUCAGCUUGCUUCAGCGGCACAGCAGCCUUCAUGGAGGUGCGAAUACAGUCGGUUGUGGUGGAGUUCAUCCUCAACCAUGUGGAUGUUCUCUUCAGCCCCAAACUGAGCUCACUCAUACGAGAGGGAACAGGACACAACUCUUUGUCUCGGCCUAAAUCUUUGCUGGUACCCUCUCCAUCCACAAAGCUGCUAACACUAGAAGAGGCACAGGCACGUACCCAGGCCCAGAUCAACUCACCCAUCACUGCAGACAGCAAGUACAUAGAGGUGGGAGAGGGUCCUGCUGCCUUACAGGGAAAAUUCCACACGGUCAUUGAAUUCCCUACUGAGAGGAAAAGACAGCCAAUAAAGUCUAAAAGGUCUCCAGUUGGCAGUUGGCGGUCUUUUUUCAACUUGGGCAAGUCUUCCUCAAUGUCGAAAAGAAAACUACCCCGCAAUCCCAGUGAACCAAAUGAACUCAAGGCCAUGGCAUUGGCUGGAGGAAGAGGAGACACCGGUACUCUUCGGUCUGCCAAAAGUGAGGAGUCUCUCACCUCUUUACAUAAUGUUGAAGGAGAGUCUAAGGUGUACAGGCCACGCAGACCUCGCUCCAGCAGCGAUGCUCUCUCUGCUUCCUUCAAUGGUGACCUGCUGGAUAGCAGACAACACUGUAACUCAUAUGACAACCUGGGCCAAGGGGACAGUGAUGGGGAUGAUGGACCAAUCUGUGUGCCUGCUCUCAUCUCCCCGCCACGUUCCACUGACGAUGUGGACCUGAGCCCCCCUGACAUUGGCAUGGCCUCUUUAGACUUUGACCCCAUGUCUUUCCAGUGUAGCCUUCCUCUGGCAGAGACUUCCAUUUUCUCACUUGACACAGAUGAAAGCAGUCUGAAGAGGAGCCCGGGCAGUGCCAGUGGCUCAGAGCCAGCCUUGCCAGUCAGAGCUAAAGUUACGAGUCAUUCUGUGUCUCCAGACCACAGUCCAGCCUUAAAGGAUAGAAAUAAACUGCCCCCUGCAUCUUUCUCAGAGAAAACUCCAGUUCAAUCCCUUGAGAGCAGUGAGAAGUCUGCUGUUGUGACUCUAAGUGUCUCUGAAUCGGCUGCCUCCAUGAUAGGGAAAGCACCAGAGAGCACUGUGCUUCAGCCCUCUUCCCCUCCAUCUCCACUCGACUCUCCUGCAAAAUUGAGCUCUCUGUCAAGAACCACCGAUCUGCCCCUGAGUGAAGCCAUUCAACAAGAGCUUCUUUCUAAAGCUGCUACCUUUGAGAGUAAAGACAUAUCAAGCAUUGAAUGUUCACAGCCACCACAGGUCACCUGCUCUCAAGAGCAGCCAGGAGCCGUAGCUCUGGACUCACCAAAGGGCAAUGUCCCUGUCAGCUCUGUGUCCCUCAUACCCCCCCCCCCCCCACCAAAGAACGCUGCCCGCAUGCUUGCACUAGCUCUAGCUGAAUCUGCCCAGCAGGCCACUAUUCUCUCUCGGAGGCAAUCCUCUGGACCCCCUACACCAGUGUCCCCCGUUAAGCCACAAGAGUUACAGGAGACCAUGGACUGGCCUCUUCCUCCUUCCUUGCCAUCACAGCCAUCCUUGGAGGAAGCUGCAGUCGAAGCAUCAAAGAGAUCUGCUCCUACAUCUUCACCACCCUCCACCCCAACUGAAAAGUUAACUCGCUCCGCCAGUCUGCACCUCAACACAGCUGAGAGCGGGAAGCCAUCCAGCAUUUCUUGCAAUAGCCAGGAUGUUAUCUCACCAGAGACCUCAAGCCAGAGUGCUAUGCCUUCUAGUCAACCUAUUCAAGUUUCCCAAACACAAAAAAGCCCAGAAAGGCAGCAGCCAGCUGUGGGCCAGACACCUGUGAGCACAAACAAAACCACUACCACAAUCACCAGACCAGCUAUCAGCAGCAAGGAUACUGUCAUUCAACAACCCAGCUCUGAGAUCCAUAUGACUGAAAUGGUUAUGCCACCAAAACCCAUAAAGACACCAGAUCAGCCAGUCGCAAUUCUUCAGCCUCAGCCACAAAUACAGACUCAACCUCAUGCAGCCAUUCGGUCUCAACCUCAAGUUCAGCCUCAUUCUCAGUCACAAGCACAGCCGCAGUUUCAGCCCAAAUCGCAGCCCAAUGCUAGAGUUGCACCAACCCCCGCAGCACCUCUUGAUCCUGUGGAAAAACCAUGGGAAGCCAUAAAGCCUAUCCAUCCAAAAGCAGAUAGUGCUCCUCAACACCAUACUCAGGGAGUGACGCCGCCAACGCCUCCAGUUCGUUCUAUUGAAAGUAAACUAGCAAUGGCUGCUCUCUGCAACACUGAGGCUGCAAACCCCACCAACUUUCAUGCCAUCUUAGAAACAUCCAUGAGAGGCUCAGUGGAGGAGACUCCCCCGCAAUCUCAUCCAUCUCACCAUAGGGCUUCCACUCAUCAGUCAGGUUACAUUUACCACUCAAAAGGGGAUGCUGCCCUACUGGAGCCCACCACAGAGGCGUAUUACCAUCAGCGGGUAUCCCCUUCAGGUCAGGCUUCGAUGGCAUACCAUUACAGACCAGAGAGUGUUCCACCACACGUUUCUUAUGUGUCGAAAUCAGAGCCACAGAUUUCCUAUAGAGGCCACGGUGAUGGCCGAUACAAUACGAUUGGACCUAGGUCCUACCACCAGUCCAUCAAAUCGCGUGGCCCUCUGAGAAGUGAAUACAUUUCUCCAGGCUCACUGCACCACUCCCAUGGCUACAGCCAAGUAGAUGGGUCUACCGUGUAUCCAACAAUCCGCAGGGUCCACUCCCUACAUGUGGCUCCCACCGCUAUCCGCUCAACGCCGGUCACCAGAACCGAGGUUCCACCAGAUGAUGAGUUAUUUUACUACCAGCGCCCAGUCUACCACUGCAAGUCUCACCAACCAUCCUCUCAAGCCGACUACCACGUCACACAACUGCAGCCUUAUUUUGAGAACGGAAGAGUUCAGUACCGCUACAGCCCCUACUCUGGCUCUCACGUUCUGGAUGCCCCUUUCUACGAUGUGGACCAUUAUGGUACGAUCCGCUUACGGCACGUCCAUUCCUUCAGCGGUCGGGAUAGUGCCCCUCUCCUUCGGUCUGGAGCCAAAUCUGGAGGCUACCACUACCUUUCAAAGCAUUUCAUUCCUUUAAAGGAGCAUAGCUUCGUAAGCAGAGACAUGCCACCUUACGGUGGUUCAAAAGGGAGUGUUUACUUUGCAUGGGAUCCAGACGAAGCAGAGAGGCUUCGCAUACACUCUAUCCGCAGGGAAAGCCGAGCGAGACAAAAGGUGAAGGGUUCUGUUAUGUCUCAGUAUGACAACAUAGGACCCUACAUGCCAAUGGAUAUAGACAUGUUACACUUGCGCAGCAAAUCAGAUCCCGGCAAAACUGUAUUGAUGGCUGCCGAGAGCAAGGAGGCCAGAUAUAAUAUCGUUCCUGGAUCUCAGCAUGCUCCCAGGCACUUGAUCUCCGAUCCAGAUGUCCUGAUGUAUAUGGAAACAGAGAAGCACUGCCGAGGAAAUGGGAUGGGGGAUAAGACCACCAAACAAAGCAGCUCCAGGACCUACUCGUCCAUCCAUUCACAUCAAUCGCAACUUCCACCACGAAGCCUGCAGCACUUACCAGAGGGUGGCUAUCAUGACCCGAAGUUUGAACCUGGGGAAAAGCAACCGAGCAGUAAACAUUGGCAGGAACACUCGGAGAGCAGGACUGCCCAACCUCGUUACGAAAGGUCAGAUUUGGAUCGCCACAUAUGCAGGGUAAAAGCCACGAGCAGUGCCAGUGAAGAUGAACAAGCAGUUCCUGUGAGGCCAGCUCCUCUACCCAAGCCAGAGAGAUCCCAUAGUGUUAGAGAGCGACAGCAUUACAACCAAUCCAGUCUUCCCGCACAUCUACCAGACAAUUCAGACCAUAGUGGAUCCUACUCUCAUCAGUCACAGGGACAAAGUGCCAUUACUUUACAGUCACACUAUGACAACCUGGAUGACUACCAUCCGGUACCUCAGUCCCAAACCUCACUAUCAAAUCGGGGUGGUUCCAGCUCCUAUCACAGCCCUGGUUUCUCAACUCCACAUAGUAAUCGGGCAUACUCCACUGCCUUGGGACAGGGUGCCUUCAUACAGGCUGAGCUUUCAGUGCAGAGGCCAGAGACAGAGAUUAAUGCUGAGUAAACAGGCAUUUAAUGACAAAUAAGAUUAUUGUAGGUGUCAAUAACUCAGUUGAAGUUUAGCAGCCUCUGCGGGACAGUGGCCUGCCUUCUGACUGUUUACAUUCAGUUUCCUUUUUUUUUUUAAUGUACAAAGAAAUGUAAAAGACUUUUUACUGAACUGAAUGUACCAUAAUUUCAUCAGUUGUUUAAACAUUGUGACAUGGAAAUAUAACUUGUUAUAUGCUGUAGAUAUUCUGUGAUAUUGACAAAUGGUACAUGAAUCAUAACCAGAUGAGUUAUGUGUAUCGGAGAAGUACUACUGGAUAUGAGGGAUUCUUUUUGUUCUGUUUUAUUACUUUGAAAAGGUCUGGGACUGGGUAUAAAUGAAGUGUAAAGGUUUGCAUUUUAGAAAUGCAUGUAAUCUACAUUUUACAGAACAGUUCUGUGUA